AAAGAAAGCGAGAAUGAUGAAAAUGCAGAAAAAAGCAAAGGAAGAGUAUAUAGGAAAAAAGGGCAUGCCCUUUUGCAAGAAACCUAUUUUCCUUACACGCAUUGAACGUGAGAGACGCACACACUGAUUGACUGAUUUCGAUGUCGUUUUUUAUAUAAUGUUUUUGUAAAACUCUUUGAGAUUUUUUGUACAGACAGACUGCGUGAGCGACUCACUGAGUUAGAGUGAGUGAGUGAGUUGAGUGGGGACGACACGACGAGGCCGUGACAGGACAGGAACAGAGAACUGAAUAGAGACAGAGAGAGAGAGAGAGAGAGAGACAAUAAAAGUGAAUAAACCUUUGGAUCCACGACCUUUUUGUGUAUUUGAAGAGCUUCUUCUUCCUUCUUCUUCUUCUUCAAUGGGAGCCCGUUGCUCCAAGUUCUCUCUUUGCUGGUUCCAGUCCCACCUCAAACCCUCUGUUCUUGAGUCCUCUGAUCUGGAAAACGGAGGAAAAAGUGACCGGAAUUUAUGGCCAAGUUUCAGCGAGUUCAGCUUGGAGCAGCUCAAAGCUGCCACGUGUGGGUUCUCCUCUGAUAACAUAGUGUCUGAGCACGGAGAGAAAGCUCCCAAUGUGGUUUACAAAGGGAAGCUCGACAAUGGCCGUUGGAUCGCCGUUAAACGUUUUAACAAGUUUGCUUGGCCCGACAAUCGCCAAUUCCUUGAGGAAGCGAGAUCGGUUGGAAAUCUAAGAAGCGAGCGGUUGGCGAAUCUGAUUGGAUGCUGUUGUGAAGGUGAGGAACGGUUGCUUGUAGCCGAAUUUAUGCCCAAUGAGACUCUGGCUAAGCAUCUCUUCCACUGGGAGGCUCAGCCGAUGAAAUGGGCAAUGAGGUUGAGGGUGGCUUUGUAUUUGGCACAAGCUCUGGACUAUUGCAGCAGUAAAGGACGUGCAUUGUAUCAUGAUCUCAACGCCUAUAGGAUAUUGUUUGAUCAGGAUGGUAACCCCAGGCUGUCCUGCUUUGGCCUCAUGAAAAACAGCAGGGAUGGCAAGAGUUACAGUACAAACUUGGCUUUCACACCUCCAGAAUACUUGAGGACUGGUAGAGUGACAGCAGAAAGUGUAGUUUACAGCUUCGGAACAUUGUUGCUAGAUCUUCUUAGUGGCAAGCAUAUACCGCCCAGCCAUGCACUUGAUCUAAUUCGUGGAAAGAAUUUCCUGAUGUUGAUGGAUUCCGCUUUGGAGGGUAAUUUCUCGAACGAUGAUGGAACUGAACUAGUGCGGUUAGCUUCUCGCUCUUUGCAGUAUGAAGCCCGUGAGAGGCCGAAUGCAAAGUCUCUCGUUACUUCCCUCAUGUCACUUCAGAAAGAAACUGAGGUUCCAUCAUAUGUUUUGAUGGGUAUCCCACAUGAAACUACAUCCUCAACGCAGCCAUUGUCAUUAACACCUUUUGGCGAAGCUUGCUUGAGAACAGAUCUCACCGCUAUACAUGAAAUACUGGACAAGAAUGGAUACAAGGAUGAUGAAGGGAUUGCCAAUGAGCUUUCUUUUCAAAUGUGGACAAGUCAAAUGCAGGACACCUUAAAUUCCAAAAAGCAUGGAGAUACUGCUUUUCGAGCUAAGGACUUUGCAACUGCCAUAGAUUGUUAUACACAAUUCAUUGAUAGCGGGACUAUGGUAUCGCCCACUGUGUAUGCAAGGCGAUGCCUGUCUUACCUGAUGAGUGACAUGCUGCAAGAAGCUCUAGGGGAUGCAAUGCAAGCGCAGGUGGUGUCUCCUGAGUGGCCCACUGCUUUAUAUCUUCAAGCAGCUUGCCUCUUCAGCCUUGGGAUGGAUAAUGAUGCACAGGAAACACUCAAAGAUGGCUCUAAUUUGGAAUCCAAAAAGAACAAAAGUUGAAAGUGUAUAGGUCUCUAUGAUAUUAUAGAAAACUUCUUUCUCCCUAGUUUUGUUUAGUGUCUUGUAUCUAUUCUUCAUUUGUUAUCAUUUCCCUUUCUUUUUCUUUCUUUUUUUCUUUUUCUCUUCUAAAGUGUUUUUGCUGCAUUACAGGAUUUUUUUCCAUUAAAAAAAAAAUUUAUUGCUGGUUUUGAUCA